AUGCAGGUACCUCGAAUAUUUAUAUCAGAAGCAAGCGAUUCAAGAACACCAGGUAACUAAUUUUUUAUUCAAAAUGUUUUUCGAAAAUUCCAAAACAAUAAGUUUUUGCAGAUUUUAAUCCGCUAUUUCCUUUGAUUAUUACACAUUUACCAUGGUCAAAAAGGAAGUAAGUACUCAUUUAUUUAUAAAUCGACAGUUCUGCCUACGUUCCCUUUUCUAAAUAUUUUUUGACCAUCUAUUCAUUUCUUAUUUUGCACAAACAACCUGUCUGCGUCUCUCAAUUCUACACAAUCUCUAACCCACGUGCUUUUCGUUUAUUUUUGUCGGUUUCUCUAUGUUCUCUCAACUCACCACACUGUCUAACCAUCUCCUUCAUUUUUUGUUCGUUUUUUUUCUUUUUCUUUUUUUUUGGACAUUCGAUUUUUUGAGAAUCCGAUUUGGAAAGCUAUUAUCCAAUUGAAUAUGAUCAACAUUUUUAAAUAAUAAUUUCUCUUCCAAAGAUCACGUUUGAGUUUCAUUCACAUGUUGUUUAUGUGUCCUUCUAAUCUAUGAUCCUCUACUUUUUUUGUUCGAGAGAGAAAAAAAACGAAAUAAAAAGAAAAUGAAUUCGGUGCACUUUGUUUUUUGGUUUCCCUCUCCCGUCAUCUUCCCGGGAAAAAUCAUUUAUUUUGAAAUCUCAAAAUAACCCUGAAUUUCACAUUCUAAACUUGAUUUUAGUCCAAGCAUAGUUCAAAUGAAUAACCGAUUCCAAAAUGCAGAAAAAAAUAACACUUUUUUUGAAAACUCAAUUUUGGCGCCGCAUCUUGGCAAACGCCAUGUGAUUCAUUUCAUAUAAGACAUACAGUCUAACGAAGAGACGCAGAGAAACACAAAAAACCAAGAACACAUUUGUUUUUUGCCGGCGCGCGCGUCCCAGCCAACAUCACAUCAAUGUGUUUUUUCAUAUUAUUCGAUUCUCUCAUGGUCACAUUUUGCACACUUGCCCUUUUCCCCCAAAAAAUAAUGAAAAUUUCAUUUCAAAGGGACACCCAUUCAUCAGAAAUGGUCUUGUCACGUUGCGUCUAGUGUGUACUUCUCUCGGACUAUUUUUUAUUUUUUUCAAAAAAAAAUUUGAGUGCGUGCAAAAAUUAUUUGUUUUUUUCAGUUGGAAAUCAAUGUCAUCAAUGAAAAACAACGAUCCUUCGGGAUUUCCGGCACCACAGAAUUCGUAUUCAAGAAUAGAUGUAGAAACCGGAGCACAGCAUGCUCACAAACGCCCAUAUACACCUGGAGCAAGUCCUAGAGGUUUGUUUGAAAUGAGAUCUCGAUAUUUAACAAAUAGGAAUUCAUUUUCAGAAAUUAUAGCAGCUUGUUCGCAAUCCCAAAGAGCUGGUUAUUCUCCACGCGGAACCAGGUAACUAUUAAUUUUUCUCGUGAAAAAAUAACAAAAAGGACAUUCAAACUCAUUAGGAAAUGGCUGUUCUCGAAAACAAUUAUUUUCUUUGUUUUUUUCAGAUAUAUGGAAGGAUAUCGGCGAAGAAUGCGGCAAGCAAGUUUGAAUCUUCCAUCGGAUACCAAAUUAGAUGAAGGCAAGUUUAUUUUUCAAAAAAAAUAGAUGUAUUACGAAAUUUUUUCAGACCUCGGGUUUCCUCCAGUUUGUUCUCCACCACCUGAAGUUUUCUGCGGGUUGAUCGGGGAUAAUCGAAUGAGAAGUCGUUCAAAAUCGGAUGCUCAUCAGGGAAUGCUUUCAUCUCGAAAAUUAUCGGGAACAAAUAGUAAUGGUGGAGGAAUGGGUGGAUUGUUGGUGUUCUUCCCUUCUUCACCUACUUCCUCAAUUGGACAAGGUUAGAAUUUCGAAGGGGGAAAACAUGGAAAAAUUAAAAUCAAAUGUUCUUCAGUUAAUUCACCUCGCCAUGAAUCAUCAACAGAUGAAACCUGCCCAGGAGCUGUGAAAUUCUGGUCAAAUAGUUCAGAAAUGGAAGAAAUCGAAGAUGAUGUUAGUAUGAAAAGUGUUGAUACAAAAAUCGGUGAGUUUUUUUUGGUUCUUUGAAAAAAAGUGACCCUUUUGUUCAAAAAAAGUUAUUUAUUUGUCUCAAUUAACUGUUUUUACAACCCGAAAAAACCAGAUUUUUCCAUAUUUUGUGAUAGAUCAAAAAAUCGACCAUACUCCAUAAUUCGAUCAUUUUCUUUUUGUUUUUCUCAAAAAAUUAUUAUUAUUGGAAUAAUAAUUUGAACUUAACAUUUGUUCAUUUCCAAAACACGUGAUAUUUUUGUUGUUUUUCCAGAGUAUCUUUUAUAAAAGAAAGUAUCCUAUCUACUAUCACAUUUCCGCCCAAAUUUCCGUUUUUUCUAGUGAUAAUCAUGAUUUUUCAGUUCUUUUUAUUUUUUAAAACGAAACGAAACACGAACAAAUUAUUUGGAACAAUAUUUAUUAUCAUUUCGAGUAUUUAUUGUUAUCAUCUGAAGUUUUUUGCGAUCAAAAAUCAUAUGAUUGAUUGACCAAUUCAUCAUUAUGUUUUUAAAGAACUUCUUCAUUUUGUUUUAGAUAAAUUCAAAAUCUUUCUGGUCUGGGAGUUUUGAAGUUGGAUUUCGACUUAGAAUCUUGGAAAAUUGUUUAAUUUUCAAAGUUUCUGCGAUUUUAUUUCUGUUAAGAUCAUUUUUUGUUUCAAAGUUUCACGGUUUUUUCCUAGGUUGUCCCAGGUGUGCUCAAAAUCAAUAACAAAAUUGUUGUCAUCAGAUUUCUUAUAUAAAUCACCUGUGCACUUUUUCCGUUAAUCAUUGAAAAUGUUGGAGAAUUUUCUCAUUCCUAUCUCUACUUUUUCUGUUAUUAUCCCAACACAUGUAUCAAAACUGGUAACACGUAAACAUUUGCCUCUUUAAUUCUUUUCUCGAUGUGCCAGCAUUUCUCCCUUGUUCUUCUCUCCUUCUUCAAAAAAAAUCUUUAAUUUCGAACACGAGACAUUUUUUUUCUAUUUAUUCCGCUUCUUCUCCUUUUUUGUUUGUGGAGGAGAAAAGCCAAGGAAAGGGCUUUUUCUAACUCGAGUCAUUCUUUUUUGUGACUAUUAUUUAUUUAUAUGAUUUAUGUUGGAUUCUUUUUUGGUUGUUUUUUCAUCGAGUGUCUGAAUACUAGGGCUGGCUUUUUUAAGCUCAUUAAAAUUAGAAAUUGGCUUCGAAAUCUUGAAAAAUAGAGAAAAGUUAGAUUAAGUUUAGUGAGCCUGACACGAGUUAUGACGUGGCAAAGUUCGAAAAUUUAAAAAAAAAAACCUUUAAAAAUGGUUGCAAAUCUGAUAGCAUCCUGAACAACUACGCUAUCAGAUUUUAAAGUCUUUUUUGAAGCUAGAAUUUUGCCACGUCAUAACUCAUGUUAAAAAUUGAAUUCUGUAAUUUAGCAAUCAGUAGAAAACAUUCAUCAAAAAUCUCGAUAGAAAUUCGAAACAGUAUUGGUUGUUUUUUCCUGUCAGGCAACUUUUCAGCAUUUUUUCUCCCAAUGAAAUCAGACACCAUUUCCCCCAAUUUUUUUUGAGAUGCGUUGUUGUUUUCCAACAAAAAAUAGAAAUUGCCUGUUUUUAUUACCAACCCAUUUAGAACAUAUUGAAAUUUUUUUUUGUCGAGCAACCAUGUUUUUUGGUCUUUUUCGGAAUAUAAUAGGGUUUUCGUUUCUUAUAGGAUUCCGGCUAGAUUUAUACAUAGCUAGCACUCUCACUGAAAAAUUGUUUUUGUUCGUUUUUCAUUUUCUUUCCAUCUCGAAUUUCUCCAGAAAAUAUAUGACAAGUUUAUGCCAAAAAUCUUCGUCUGAAAGAAAUGGUCGAAGUGCAUUAAUUGUUUUGUUAGCUGCUUCGCCAGCGCCAAGAACUUUGGAAAGAAACUCAAUGAGUCUAGAUUGUGACUCGAGUUUUUUGGAGGAAGAAGAAGAGGAAAAUGGGAUAAUUGAAAAUGAUCAACCAUCGCCGUUGCCUUCAAAAGGAUUGAUUAAAAAAUUCCGGAAACGAAUUAUGAGCUCUGAUAAAAAUAGUAAUUGUUUUGGGAAUUUGCAAAAUUUAUCACAGAAUUUUGUAAGCCAAAAAUAUAUCGAACAUAAAAUUAAUUUCAGGCUCGUCACAACAAAAUUCAAACAUUGCUCAGGGAUCUCCACGUGCUCGACCACUUUUCGUCGACACACAAAUUGCAAAUCAGGAUAAUUUGAAGAAACGAAGUCCGGUGACUCAAGUUGUGGAUUUUGUUAGAGGAAGGAAUCGAACAUAUUCGGUUAGUUGAUUUUUGGGAGGGUGAGUUAUGACGUGGCAAAUUUUGGAUUGGUCCAAAUCCGAGUUUUUGAGAAAAUUUCUAAAUCGCAGCAAUUUUUUUUCAAAAUCGAGUGCAAACUUUGUAAUCUCAAAAAUUGUUGAAUUUGCCACGUCAUACCAUAUAAUUUUCAAAAAAAUGCUCCCAAAUCAUUCCAAAUCCCAAAUCUCCAAAAAAAUAAAAUCUUCUUUUUUUUCAGUUACAACUAUCGAGCAGUCCAUUUUUUUGGAGGUUCUCCAUCUUCUCCAUCUCCACAAUCAAUUGCAGCCAGAGCAAGUGCAUCUUGUGAUACUCAACCAAGUUAGUUUCCUUCUUUCCUUCUUUCUCCUUUCAUUCUUUGUUAGUUUCGUGUUUUGUGUGUUCCAUAUUUGAACUCUACAUGAUUUUCACUGCCUUUUAUUUUUUCGCGUGAAUCGGAUUAUACAAAUUUUGAACUUACCAUCAACAUACAUUCAUUUAUUCCGUUUUCCUCCCGAAAAAUUUCAAACAAACACAAAAAUUCUCAAACGUCAUCAUGGUUAAACAAUUUUGUGAGUUUUUGAUCUAGCGCUAAAAAAUAUUCAGUUUUUGAUUCAAAAAAUAGAAUUUCCAAAAAAUAGUUUAGUUAUGCCUGAAAAAAAGUUGUUUUCAGUCGCCUCACCUGGUCGAAGACAAACUUUUGGCGGAAGAUUUCAGCGAUUCACUGGAAAUGGGCCGAAAAGUUUUGAUUCGGGCUUGGAUUUGACAUCGCCAACAAUCAAUCAUACUGCAUUGCUCAUAAAAGAGGUUAGUUGGAUUUUUUUUUUUGGUUUGCCACGUGUACAAAAUUGAAAACCGGAUCACUAAAAAAUAUGUGAAAAAUCCUAUGAGCUGGAAAAAUAUAUCAAAAUAUUUUUAUUGUCUAGUCUGAAGAAUUGAUUCCUUCAGACUAGACAAUAUUUUAUUCCGAUUUUAAGCCGCGUUGCAAACCGCACGCGCUCGAAGAUCUUGAUACUGAUUGUACUAUCUCUAUUGUUUUUAUGUUCUACGUUGAUAAUAGUUAUUGA